AUGGACUUCGAUGACGUUUUGUUUUCCUUUCCAAAGAGUGCUUCUGCUUCUUCGCUACCACCAGCUCAAUCAAGUAUAAGUUUGCCUCACCAAGGCUCACUAUGUCGUCUUGAUUCGCAUGAUGGAACGGAGUAUGUUUUGGAAAUUCUCCUGGAAGACAAAUCGAAACACGAAUUAUGCUUUUCCAGAAGAGAUUUUGAGUUUACGCUUCAGCUGUUUGCAAUUAUGGAUAUUGAUUCGAAAGGACAUAUCUCCAAAGAAACGGUGAAGGAAUUCGUCACCAUUAGAUGUCCUGUCUUUUGGAAAAGAGACGAGUACCUAAAACUGACUGAAUCUAAUGGCGAAUCUCCAACGUUCGAAGAGCUCUGGAGAUCCGUCAUUAUGUGCAGUUUGAACCCGACAUUUGAAGUUUUUGAUGAUCUUUCAUCGAUUGAGUUGGGUGUCGAAGGAUGGGUUGUCUUUUGCCGUUUCAUUGCUCUCGCACAAUACUUGGAAGCGAAACGAAGGUUUUCUGGACGCCAUUUGCAGCAGACUCUGAAGCACCGCAACACAACUCAGGGAAGUGAAAUGAUUGUUGUCGAUGUUCCUCCACCAGCAGCACCUAUUUCGCUAUCAGCAAAUCAGUUGGCCGAGUAUGAACGGGAAAACCAUACUUGCCUUCCACUACCAGAACUUGAUUUGGACCAUUCACUCUUGGCGGCACACGAUGUACUGCAGCGGAGGAAGGAUAGAAACCAUAGCAUCAGUAGUGUCAAACUGGAAUUGUUUGGACGGCCUCCGCUUGGUUUAUCCUCCCAUGGAUCCAACCAUGAUAUCGAGUUUUGCCUGACCCAUUAUAGAGAUGACAUGUCAGAUUUUGUUUCAGUACGUCGAUCGAUGAAGGAUAUGAAAUGGCUCAAUGAUACUCUUGUCUCGCAAAAAGUCCUAGGGGGAACUCUAUGCGGGCGCAUAUUACCUCCAUUUCCAAAACAUAAUUCGUCAUAUGGUGAUGAUUCCACGAUGAGCAGCACGAGUGAUGCUUUGACAGCCGCAGCUACUGCUGGUGUGGGCAUGAUCAAGAGUGGCAUAAAGUCUUUUUGGGGGAGUUAUACUACGACUACUCCAAAGCUGCAGUCCGCUUCCAGACAAGAGCGACCAAUACAGACUAUGUCCAUCCCUGAAAGUUACUACAAUCCCAAUUCACCAGACAGCACUUCUAGGCAAUUGCAGCGAUAUCUCAACUACCUUUUGGACCAUCCUGCACUUUCAACGUCGUUUCCACUGAACACAAUUCUGAAGGCGAGUCAAUCAGGUCUGGAAGCAGCCAAAAAGUCGCUGCAAGAACAUUCCCGGGUAUCAAGUGAAAUAACGGAAAACAUUCCCAAGUUGGGUUUUGGAAACAGCUCUGGUUCUAAUCAACCAAAUCUUUCUUGGGUAAGAACCGCUGCCCAAGCUGCUGUAGCGGUUCAAUUGCAUGGUGUUUUGGAGACUUCUGGACUACCAGCGGCUAGUGCCCGGCUUCAGCAUGCGUCUCUUCCAAGUUUUGGGCAUUCCAGAAAAUCUACGUGGAACGAAGACGAAGGAGAGCAAACAGAUCAGCUAGAGUCAACUGGUAACCCAGUUCAAGGACAAGACCAAUCAUUCGAAGAAGGAGUCAUACAAGUUGGCGAUGAAUUGGAAUCGGAUUCUGCAGCAGAGGACCAAUCUGGAUACGACCUGUUGCCACUACCAGUGCCCACUCCAGAAAGAACAGUCUUCGCUGCUAGUGACAAAGAGGACAUAACCAACGAUGAUGAAGUGCCAAAAGAGGCUCGGUUCAGAUACGGAGGGCCUUUGGAAGAAAAACUUGGGGACAAAGCGGAUGGCCAACCUGUGUAUAUUGGAGAAAUGGCGGUUGACGAAAACAUUGAUAAACUCCGGGAAGUAAUCGGAUCGCUGGAUAAUACUUUGUCUCGCUCGUUGGCCAGCAGUGGUGGAAUUGGCAAAGCGCGCAAAAAGAGACUCGAAUUACAGCUUGAUGUGCUGAGAGGGUUGGAUUCUUGGGAGGGACUCCGAGGGAAGUUUAUCGCACAACGCGCUUUGCUCAAGGGUGUCGCAAGUGUGGAACAGAGUAGAGAGGUGUUCGACGAAAGUGAUCUCAUGCUCAUUGAUGAUUUAUCGUGGCAAACUUCGCUCGCAAGCUCCGCUGUAUCGGCAGCUGAGGAUGUUCGGUCAACGGUUCGAGCGGCCAGGACGGCGACAAGUGCGAAAGUUGCUGCCAGUACCGCUGCCUCUGACGCUCAAAAAGCUCUGGAAGGAAAGUUCGCAUCGGUUGACGCAGCAAGGGCCGCGCAAACUAGAGCUUCGAUUGCACAGAGUCAUGCAAUCCAAGCCACUGUAGUUGAGCACGAAGCAAAGACAGCAAAACGAAGGGCAACACUCGCAUUGGCGCAUGAUGUCAAGUGCUGGAAUGCACACAGAAAGCGGGAAGUACUUAAGACAUGUUUGGCAUAUGCGAAAUCACAGCAUGAAGCUACCCGCCGUUCUGUGGACGCUUGGUCAUGUUUCCGCGAUGGCUUUGUCGGUCCUUCUGUAUUUCCAUCAACCCAAACAAAGCGAUUGGUGUACAAGCCAAAACCUUCGUUUGUAGAGGAGGAGCCAAAAACAACUAUUUAUGGGCAAGAGUUGAACCAGGGUCAAGUAAUUGUUGCUGUGGAACAUGACCUUUUUCAAAAUGUCAUGGGCGGGCAAGAAAUCUCUCCAACAAGUUUUGCUUCAGAGCCCGACACACUUCUUCCACUUGCUGUUGCAUCGCCGAUUCCGGAGGAAGGGGAAGGAGACAACGAAGAAGACGACGACAUAAAUAUGGGCGCAUUUGAUUUUGGAGCUAGUGCAACUUCUCUUCCGGUUGCGACUGGGGGCGGUUCUCAAAUCAGCGUACCAACGAGUCCUGCGUCAACAAGUCCAUCAGCAACACAGUCAUACUCCCAAAGUGCAUCUUCUCUUCCUUCAAAGUCAAGAGAAGAGGCAGAAGUUUUGACAGCGUCGAUGCAAAGCCUAGUGGAUGGAUUGAUGAACUGGGGAGGACAAAUCGAAGAAGAAGAUUUUGCGCUGCCCACUGGCAUGGCUGCAAGUAUUAUGCUAGAGGAAAGCAACAGCAAUUUUUGA